AUGGCUUCCAACACCGAUCGCUCAUGCAACGGAUGCGGACGGCUGCGAGUCGGCAGGCUCCCACUCAGCAGCAGUCGAAGCCCGGAGGGAGCGUUGGAGCAUCUCCUGGAAGCCAGCCUGCAUCAGGAGGCUAACCCUCAGAAGUUCUUGGAUGCGCUGGAGCUGCUGUCCGUCGUCCAGCAAGUGGACUUUGCCGAUCGGAGCUACCGGCAGGUCUUUACCGAGAACUACCGGGUCCUCUUCCAGAAGUCCAGGCACCUCUACCGCCUGGAGCUGUGGGAGGCCUGUCAAGAUAACUUCGAGUCCGUGGCUGUGAACGGUCGCAUCUACGUCAUCGAUGGCAACACACGUCUCAAGGCCGCACACGUGCGGCGCUGCCAUCAGAGCUUGCUGACGAAGCUGGCCGGAGACUGGCGGCCCUCCGGCAGUCAACAGCUGCUUGAUCAGCUGUCGCCCUUGCUCAGCCGCUUCGACCAAGCGUGGACCGACUUCGAGGGGAGCUACGUGGCCGAGCUGAUGCGGAUCGAGGUCGAGGCUAGGAGGCCCAUGGAAAGGGCAGUGAAGCUGGAGCGCCAACUGCAGUUUUUUGACGCGGUUUCCGGGCCUUCGCGUCCCAAGACCAGGAGGUCCCCGGCAGCCUCCGAGGAAGAUCAGGCACAGCCUCCAAGUCCGGGCCGCGUAAGGCGCCUUUCCCUGGCAUCCUCGGACUCGGUGUCGGCGGAGAGCGCGGUCAGCUACUGCUGGGAUCCGCCGUCCACAGCGGAGGAGCUGCCUGCGGCACGAAGUGCUCCUGGAUCUGACCCUGGCUCCGUGACCUCCUCCGAGCACGGAGGCGAAGCGAUUGCCAUGGCGCGUGCAAUUCGGGACCAGUCCGAGGAGGCGCGAGGCAUCCUGACGGCUCUUUGCCGAGAGGUUUCUCACAUGAACUCGUGCGCGAACCUGCAUGGCCACGGCCGAGAUGACAUGACGGAGGAGGUCCUUGUGGCUGCUUCUUCGUUGCUUCUUCGAAACGGGGGCUCGGGCGCGGAGGCUGCAGUGCGGCGUUUUUUGGCAGCCCAGGUCCUGUCCAGCUUUGCGGAAGUGCGCAGCUACCUGGCCUCCAUCUCCAACUUCGUCAUGGAGGUGGACCCGCAGCUUGCCUGCAACACGCAGCUCGUCAAGGCGCUGAGCAGCUGGGAGGAG